AGAUGUGAAUAAAUUUGAACAAAAUCAUUCUAUCGAAGCUCUUGUUGAUUGUUUAGGGUUGUUUUCCUGUUUGGUUUUAACUGCUGCUGAACUCUGUUUGUUUACUUGUGUCUGUUGAAGAAAUGGACAUCCACAGCAUGACGCUGCCACCACCAUGUGUCUGACCAGAGUAACUUCUAGCAUUCAUUGCUAUUGGUUUGCUAAUUUUCUCUUACAAAUCUCUGAGGUCUUCACAGAACAGUUUUAUUUGUUUUCUGAGGUAAAUUGCAUGGACUGUAUUUAAUAAUUAGACGACUUCUUAAGGCAGUGAGUUGCAAUCAGUUUUAUUAAGGACUGGGGCGUCCAAACUUUUUGUCACGUGGGGAAAGAAAGACAGAAAGACAUCCAGGUUUCCAAAUAGUUUUUGACUCAACUGAGCAAAUGAUAAAAACAGGGUUUGUUUCACUUUCUUUCAAAAUGCUUGCCAUUCUCAUUGUUAAAACGAAAAUGGGUUUUCAGUAAAAGUCUUUGGAUAGUCGUGGUUCAACUCAUUAUCAAAGCUUGGUUAGAAAACCAGGAAUACUUAGUGUUGUACUUAACAUUCUCUAUUCUCUAUUUUAUCCCCGGUGUUUCCCCCCAGAAGACUUGCUAAGACCGGUGCUUGGGACUCUUGGGCAGUCAUGCAGCGGUUCGAUGUGUUUUGGGGUUUAAAAAUGUUUAAAGUUGACAGGAAAUUUGAAAAUAUCACUUGGAAGACUGGAAGAUUAAUACCUAAACUCCAACUAUAAAAUCUUUAAAAAAAAAAAAGGCAAUUGUUUUAAAAAAAACUAAAGAAAAUAAAUAAACAUUACUAAGCCUGGUGGGGACACAAGUAAACCCUGGUGGCCCACCAGUUUUACACUGGGUGAAACCCUGACCCCGAUUUAAAAAUAAAAAGUCUCCAUUUGCAUUAACCACCUAUGCCUGUACCUGGAUGGGCAAAAACUGCAGCUGGCAGCCACAAAAAAUUAAUCUAUGGGGCCACAGAUGGCCCCUGGGCUGAACUUAGACACCCCAGAUUUAGGGUAAUUGGAACAUAAAGUAAUGCUAACACACUUUGAAAAACACCUAUUGUUUUCUUCCCCUCCACAAGUAUCCUAAUGUCUUUGUGUUGUUCUGCCACAUGCAAUCCAAUAAGGGUUUGUAAUUCCGAAAUGUGAGAGUCUAAAGAGGAGGAUGACAUGGUGCAUGUGGCGUCGCUCCAGGACAAUCUGUCUCUCCUUGGCCUUCGUGACCGUUUCCCUCCACCUCCUCCUGGCGCUCGUCACACUUUCCAUCCCUCACCUGCCCUGUGACGCCCCGCUGCCACCUGAGAUGAGCUUCAGGGUUUUGGCGCGCAACGCCAACGCCUCGGCGAGAGACGGAAGGCACGGGGAGCCACCAACAGACGCCAUUCAGGGGGAUUCUUCCAGUCAAGACUGCAGAAGGGGGGGAAAGGUAAACGUUCAAAGGCUUCCUUACAAACGCUUGACAUGGAAAGGAGAUAAACGAGCGACGGGGAACAACACAGAGAGCAAUGCCAACCAAACGGGAGUUUGGGAGUCCGACAUGUUGAAGCUGAAGGCGCUGUUCGACCAUCCGCUCUACAACACGCCCAGGCCGGCUGCUCCCGAGGACGACUGGCUUCUGAAAGUGAAACCAAAGACCAAACCGAGUCAGAGGAGCUCCCAGAUGUGGGAAAGUGACACACAAGACAUAUAUGACAAUGUCCAGUGGAACAGCAGUGUUAGCAGCCAGCCUCCAUGGUUACGCUUUCAUCUGGGCAUCACACGCUGGGAGCUCUACCCACACCGUGACCCCAACAUGGAGCCUUUAGCCCAGCAGCUCGCCACGCAUCGCGUCGUCAGCGCAGUGCAGAAGUCAGGGGGGACGCAGCUGAAGCUGGUGAUGUCGUUUCCCAACUACGGACAAGCUCUGUUCAAGCCCAAGAAACAGGACAGAGACGACGAGACCAACUACAACCUUUACUACUUCUCCGACUUUGAGCGACACAACGCGGAAAUUGCCGCCUUUCAUCUGGACAGGAUCCUGGGCUACCGGAGAGUCCCUCCUGCCGUCGGGAGGCUGGUGGACGUGGUGAAGGAGAUCAAAGAUGUCACAACUGACCGCAAAUUGGCUAAAACCUUCUUUAAUUCCCCCGUGGGCAAUGUGUGCUUCUAUGGCCAGUGUUCCUACUACUGCUCCACGGAGCACGCGGUGUGUGGAACCCCCCAGGACCUGGAGGCCUCGCUGGCCGUGAUGCUGCCAGACCUGUCGCUGGCCAAACGCAGGAGCUGGAGGUCUCCAUGGAGACGCUCCUACAGCCGCAGCAAGCUGGCGCAAUGGGAAACGGAUCCUAAUUACUGCGUGAACGUGAAGAAGACCCCUCCGUAUGACAAAGGCACAAGACUGGUGGACUUCAUAGAUUUGGUCGUGUUGGAUUUCUUGAUGAGUAACCUGGACAGGCAUCAUUAUGAAACCUUCGAGAAGUUUGGCAACAGUACUUUCCUGCUGCAUCUCGACAAUGGGAGGGCAUUUGGGCGUCACUCAAAAGAUGAACCUUCGAUUCUAGCCCCACUACGACAGUGCUGCAGGAUCCGCCGCUCCACUUGGCUGCGCCUCCGUCUCCUGUCUCUGCCUCAGUACCACAUUAGUGACGUCAUGAGGGCGUCGCUGUCGCAGGACCCGCUUCACCAGGUGGCCCCGCUGCUGUCCGAGCCUCACCUCGCCGCUCUGAGUCGACGUUUGAAAACCGUGCUGGAGACUGUAAGUCGUUGCCAAGAGCAACAUAAAGAUGACGCAGGGGCCGAAGAUGUCAUCUACGACGACCUUGCGGAUGUGCAAUAAAAGAAUGCAAUUCCCGCAGUUGCAGUAACAUACAUACAUAAUCCAUAGACAGAACACAAUCAAGUUAAUGUGCCAUGAAAUGCCUUUAUGAUCCGUAUUUGUCACACCUUCUGCUAUAAAGCCACUAUAAUACGGUAGAGCUGGAAGUAUCAGACUAGUUUGUAGAUUGCAAAAUACUGCCACAUACUGAAGUCACACAACACCUCUGAGAUUUGCUCACUCUGUCAGCGGCGCCUCUGUUAUUGUUUGGAAACUCUGACAAGUGCAAUGUGCAAUCUGACAAGUCUGGACCUCCAGCGCCAAUGUGCCAACUCAUCAAACUUUCAUACUGUGGAUAGCACUCUGCUGUCUGCUUCCUCUGUGCACUGAUUGGUUUUUUUAUUAGUACAUUGUGGUUCAGUAUUGAAAAUGCAGCUUUCCUGCACAAAAAGGUGGGAUUUCACCUGUCAGCUGUCCUUUUCUCAACGAGUUAGUAGGUUUGGUUUUUACGUGUCAAAGCUUUGUCUCGUACAUUUUGUGUCGUUAAGAUGAGACUUGUGUUUUAAAAUAAUGAGUAUUUAAACAGGGGCUAAUAUUCCUUCCACGACUCGUACAUUUUCGGUAAAUUUCAUUUAGGUUUUAUCAUGUUAAUUUGUGUGCUGUCCUCAUGGCAUCCUUCAGGAACGAAACCCUAAAUAUUUUUGAUGUUUGCCUGAUGUAUUUUGUCAGUAUUUAUAACCAUUAAAUUUAUUUAGGAUUAUGAUGUUUUCUUGAAGGAAAUUUCUAAUAUGUGUUAAAUAAUUGAAACACAUUAAAAGGGGAAGUCAAGUU